UUUUAUUGUCUGUAUCCUUUUCCUCUUUUUUACUUUUACUCUAAAAAUUGACUCUAAAUUUAUUUUUGUUUCAACUUACUCCCUCGAAGGCGUUAAAAAUGAAGUGAAAAAAAAUAAAAACAAGAAUUAUAACAAACAUCAAUAUGUAUGUGAUCGGGUCAAAAACAAGAAAAAUAAAAAUUAUUUUUCUUUAAAAAAUUAUUUUUUCUCUUUCCCUUUCUAAUGAAGGUUGAGAAAAAAUUAAAUUCUUCUUCUGACAGCUCUUUUGACAACAAUAACAGUAAAAAUGAAUUUAAACAACACCCUUUGUUUGUCCGUUUAAAGUUACGUUCACUUUGUAUGGUUGGCGCUCUUUUACCGGGAGUUGGAUGUUAUACUUGCCUUCUCUACACAUUUAUUUUCCAACGAGAACGAAUCGACAAUUUUGUAACAACAAAUUGCCCUAAAGUUCACAGUUCAUUCCCCCCAGUUUCCUACUCUAUAGGUGUUUGGGAGCCUCAAAAAUCUUUUUGGCUUUUUGUUCUUUUCAUUCAUGUUCAGGCACGGAUAUUUUUUGGAGUUGUUCGUGUAUUACAAUUAACUGAUGAACAAAUAAGAAUGUUGCCACCAACUGAACGUGCUCAAUUGGGAGAGUCUGAAUAUAAACAAAGAAAUUGGUAUAUUCCAAUGUUGAAGACACACAUGUUUUUAAUUUUUUCUGAAAUUGUUGGGCUGGUUCUUGUUUCUGUUGUUGAUAUUGAAGAAUAUUUUGUUUUUCAUGCAAUUGGUUACGCUCUGUGGCUAAUUUCUUUUAAUUUUAACGUACUUUGUAACACGAUACUCUUUUAUCACUCAGGAAUCACGUCACUUUGGGAAAAUGUAAAAAUAAAUUUUAAUAAAUUUUUAUUAUUUUUUAAAUUUAGUUGA